AAAACCCACGCUGAGACUGAGGGAAGGAAACAUAUACGCUGACAAACCUUAACUUGCACCCAAGGGACCCCUAUAGGCACCUACAAUCUCAGCCCAACACAGCAGAAGGUGGGACCAUGAAGACUGUGGUGGCUCUGCUGCUGCUCUGUCUGUGUGAUCCUGGACAGGGUGACUGCCAGGCAGACUGCAUGUCCUGCAGCAACAUCCUGCCCAAACAGCUCAGUUUCAACACACUGGUGUGUCUCACUGAGUGCGAAGCUAAAGUCUCCCCAGCCUUCUCCUGGGACUUCUGUCGUAAGCUGCUGUCAUCGCCAAUCUUCUCUUUCACUGAUACCCUGCGGAAAAGAUCUCAGGAGGAGGUGGAGGCCCUGUUUCCUGAGGAGGAGCAAGUGGAAGGAGGACUACUGCUGCCCUUUGCAAUGCAGAGGUUCGAUCACGUGGCUCGGGCACUUGGGGUGGACCAGAAGGAUCUGGGUGGCAAGGGUAGUCAGCUGAACACUGCCUACAAUUCCCAGGAGGCCCUUUCUCUUGAGGAUGAGAAUGAUGAGGAGGCAGGGCAGGAAGAAGGGGCUGCUGACAUGGCAGCAAGAGGACAGAGUGAUGUAGGGCUAAAUGUCUCCAAGAGGUUCGGCGGCUUUGUCAAAGGCAGGCACGGCUACAGGAAGCAGAUGUAUCCAGGAAGAUCGUACCAGAAGAGGUAUGGCGGUUUUAUUGGCAUUCGGAAGUCAGCCCGCAAGUGGAACAACCAAAAACGUUUCAGCGAGUUGCUGAAACAGUAUCUGGGGAUGAGCACUAAGGCCACUGAGUUUAACAGCAUGUCAGAGGACCUCACCCGACAAAAUGAAGUCUAACAGAGUGCACCUUUACGCCACUGACAUCAAACUAUUUCCUGAUGUAUUUUCACUGAUCAUGUUUUGUAUUUCAUCGACAUGUCAAAACUUAACUGGUGUCACCAAAGUUGACCUAUUGAAUCUAAUAAUAAUAAUAAGUAAUUUACCAAAAAGUGAAAACUAAGCCCGUAUUCUAUAACUCCUAUUGCAGGCCUCUUUGUCUCAGGACAUAAGAAUUGCCGUUUUUGUUUUCCAUCCCUUUUAAAUAUGAUACAAACAAUUUUCCUGUAAUUAUGAGAACUUCUUCUAUAAACCGAAUCACAGUGAUGUCGCACCAACACAACAAUCACUUCCGGGUAGACAAA